AUGGUGAACGCAAAAACGACAGCGAGGCGUGCUGGCCCUGCAAAGCAGGGCAACGAUGGCCGGAAGGAGAAGGAGGAACCCGACAAGAAGAAGCCCACGCCCGCGGUGCACGCCACACCCGCGAUGGGCACCCACGGCACCACGGCACAGAAACCAAGGCGGCCAACAGUCCCAAAGCCGCAGCAGCCCAAGAAGGGCCCUGAGAGGCCGGGGGCGAGCAAAGUGAAAAAAAAGGACGCAGGGGAGACGAUGGAGGCUGCGAAGCGGACGUCGCAGACGCAGCUGCGGCCAUCCCCGGCGGGCGGCGGCGGCGGCGGCGGCGGUGGCGUGAAGGAGGCCGUAGAUCCCGCCCACAGCACCAGCGCGCCCGUAGUGGAGGACUUGGAGCGGGGCCAAGUCGACGCGGUGAUGUCGUCCUCGUGCGUCAAGACGCCGCUGCAGCCGCAGUCGCUCCCGCAGGUGCGGCGGGUGACGGCCGGCAGCGACGGCGCGGCGGGGCAAUCCGGCACGGCGUUUUUCAGCAGCGGCAGAAGCGCCGGUGGAAGCGUCGCCGGCCAGGGCAGCGAGGCACGGCGGCCGCUGCGGGAGAAGCCAGACCCCGCCCAGAAGGAGGGCGCGACGGCGGCGCUCAGCGUCCAGCAGCAGGCCGUGAGCGCGGUCGAUGCGGUGAAGAGGCCCAGCAAGAAGCUCGCCGAGGGCGAUAGCGACGACGACGAUGCUGACGAGGACGAGGAGGAAGAAGACGAGGAGGAUGAGGAGGAGGAGGACGAGGAGGAAGACGAGGAGGAAGAAGACGAGGAGGACGAGGAGGAGGAGGAGGAGGAAGAGGAAGACGAGGAGGACGAGGGGAGCGGCAGUAGCCGGCGGCAGCGGGUGGAGGAGCAAAUUACCGUUAAGAUCUCCCGCGAGGGGGACCGCAACGUGAAGGUCAUCUACGUCACGCGGCGGACGAAGUUUAGGGACUUCGCGAAGGACGUCAGGCGGCGCUUUGCCUACGCCCACCUCCGCGACUUUGACAUGUACUGCAUCGACGCCGCGGGCGACCACGUCGACAUUGACGUCCCGCGCGACUUCAAAAACCUCCUCGCGCAGUUUCUGCGGACGCAGCAGCGGGAGAGGCAGGGCGGCGCGGUGGAGGGGGCGGCGGCAGCGGAGGCGCUGGACUCCAAGCCCCCCCAGCGGUUUUCGGCACGAGGUACACUUCGCAGAAGCGCUUCGCUUGCGACUCGCACCUCGCGGCCGGUGGAGUUGAGUCCCUGUGCGGAUGAGGGGGAGCGUAGUAGCAGCUCGGUGCUUCGCCUGUACGUACGCGACUCGUACAGGGCGCGAAAGAAGGAGGAGGAGGAACUGCGACGCCUGCAAGUCCCGCUUGCGCAGGGGCAACAGGGAACACGGUUAGUAUCGCCGCUACCACCAGCACCAAUACAGCAGCAGCAGAACUCAGCACAGGCGCGGCAAAUGAUGACUUCCAUGGGGGAGGAUUCGGCGACCGAUUUUACAAGCCCCGGCCCCACGGACUUCCUCUCUGGGGGCUGCAGCAACCCCUCCGUGAACUUGGGUUCCACGGGCCGUUUUGCGCAGACGAUAGGCUUCCGCGAGGAUGAGGAGGUGCAGUGGAGCAAGAUGGGCGUCCUCGGCAAGGGUUCCUUUGGCACUGUCUACGAGGGCAUCACCAGCGAGGGGAAGAUCAUGGCGGUGAAGGUGGUGGAGAUCCCAGUUGACGAGGACGCCGAGGAGGUGGCAAGCAUUCAACGCGAGAUCAACCUGAUGCGGUCGCUGAAGCACAAGAACAUCGUCGCGUACUACGGCUGCCAGACCAGGGAACUUUCUAGUGGGGCUCGGCAGCUGGAAAUUUUCCUCGAGCACUGCCACGGAGGAAGCCUGACCCACCUCCGUCGCAAGUUUGAGCGGGCGAAGGAGCGUUUCUCCAUUUCGCUUGUUCGCACCUACGCGAAGCAGAUUUUAGAGGGCUUGGCGUACCUGCAUGACAUGAAUGUUGUUCAUAGGGACCUGAAGGGAGACAAUGUUCUCAUCUCGGCCCUUGGCGAAGCUAAGCUCGCCGACUUUGGAUGUAGCAAGCGCAUCGGCACGGCGACGAUGCAGCAGGAGAGCACGGGAGAAAAGGGCGCUGGUUACCAAACCAUGGUCGGAACCCCGCUAUUCAUGGCACCUGAGGUGCUCAACGGCGUGGGCGGCUACUCCAAGCCGGCGGACGUGUGGUCUGUUGGCUGCCUGGUGCUUGAGAUGCUGGGACGUCAGCCGUGGGCGAUGCGGAGCAACUUAAAUGCUUUUCAGAUAAUGUACCACAUCUCGAAGAGCACGGAGAUGCCAACUGGGGUGCCGAAGAACUGCCCAGGGAACUUGUACUCCUUCUUCACGCGAUGCUUUGAGCGGGAUUCGCAUGAGCGGGCCACAGCCAAGGAGUUGCUAGGGCACGACUGGAUCACCUGCGCAGACAACCGGCUGCAGGAGGUGAUGGAUGAGGCGAGUGAGUAG